AGGAACCACUAUGGAUCACGUUGAAAAGUUGGAAAAUGUGCACCACCAAUUUCAAAAGCUUCUGACUCAAUUAAAGAAACCCACUGAUGCAUAUGAACUGAACAUUGCCAACAAGCUCUAUGGAGCAAAUACGUUUCGGUUUCUUCAAGAAUAUGUGGAUAACAUUAAGAAAUUUUACCUAGCCAGUGUGGAAUCUGUUGAUUUUAAGAAUGCUGCAGAAGAAACUUGCAAGAAGAUUAAUUCCUGGGUGGAAAGCCAAACUAAUGGAAAAAUCAAGGAUCUGUUUCCCCAAAAUACUCUUGAGUCUACCAUUCUGGUUCUGGUGAACGCGGUCUAUUUCAAAGGGCAGUGGGACAAGAAAUUUGAUAAAAAAAAUACAGUGGAGGAAAAAUUUUGGCUGAACAAGGAUACAAGCAAACCCGUGCAGAUGAUGAAACAGUUCGACAUCUUUAAUUUCACCUCACUGGAGGAUGCACAGGCCAAGAUCCUGGAAAUACCAUACAAAGGCAAGGAUCUAAGCAUGGUGUUGCUGCUGCCAAAUGAAGUGGACGGUCUGCAGAAGCUUGAAGAUCAACUCAGCGCUGAAAAACUAACAGAGUGGACGAGCUCACAGAAUAUGAGCGAGAGCUUGGUGGAUUUAUAUUUACCCCGGUUCAAGGUAGAAGAGGGCUAUGAUCUCAAGGCCAUGCUGAUAGCCAUGGGGAUAGUGGAUGCCUUCAGUCCACAGAGCGCCAACUUCUCAGGCAUGACAGGGAGCCUGAACCUCGUGGUGUCUAAAGUCAUGCACAAGUCCUUUGUGGAGGUGACUGAAGAGGGCACUGAGGCCGCAGCCUCUACAGCCAUAACUGUUGAGUAUUCAUCACCACCAAUUCACCAUUUUCACUGUGAUCACCCCUUUCUGUUCUUCAUCAAGCACAACAAGACCAACAGCAUCCUCUUCUUGGGGAGAGUCUCCUCUCCUUAG